CUCCAUCAGAAUGGCAUCAACACAAAUCGCCCUCGCUUCUAUUCUUGAUAAUGACCUUUACAAGUUCACCAUGCAGCAUUGCGCUCUGCAGCAUUACAAAGAUGCUCAGGUUGUAUAUCAAUUCACCAACCGCGAAAAAGAACUUUCUUUAAACCAGGAAGCUUUUAACUGGCUCCAAGAACAAAUUACUAGUAUGGAGUCUCUUGUGCUUACAGCUGAUGAGCGUGAUUAUAUGGCAAGUUUCCCAUUUUUCGAUCAGAGCUACAUAGACUACCUUGCCAAGUUCCGUUUCCGUCCUCAGGAACAAAUCCACGCCCAAUUUGACGCAAGUACUGAAUCUCUCAGUCUGACGAUCAAGGGCCUGUGGCACGAAACAAUUCUAUACGAAGUUCCUCUACUUGCCUUGAUUUCUGAGGCCUAUUUCCGCUUUGUGGACCGUGAUUGGAAUUACGAUGGCCAGGAAGAACGGGCCAAGGAAAAGACCAGAGCUUUGUUGACCAACGGAUGUCACUUUUCUGAGUUUGGCACCCGUAGACGGCGCGAUUUCAAGACACAUGAUAUUGUUUUUGGUGCCAUUCAUGCUGAGCAUCAAGCGCUUUUGAAAGAGGAUCCUGAAAUCAAAGGCGGCGUCACAGGCACAAGCAACGUCCACCUUGCCAAAAAGUACGGUGUCAAAGCAAUUGGCACACUUGCCCAUGAAUUCUUUAUGGCAGUGUCUGCUCUCGAAGGCAUUAAGCAUGCCAAUCGUACCACACUCAAGCGUUGGUACGAAACUUACCACGGCAACCUUGGCAUUGCUCUCACCGAUACCUUCACAACCAAAGUAUUCCUCCAGGACUUCAACAAGGAUCUCGCAGAUAAAUACAUUGCUGUCCGCCAAGAUUCUGGGGAUGCGAUCAAGUUCAUCACUACUAUUGUGGACCAUUACAAGUCUAUUGGUGUUGACCCGAGUACAAAGAUGAUCGUGUUCUCAGACGCAUUGGAUGUCAAACGCGCUGUUCAGCUUGUUAGCUUGUCGGAGGAGGCAGGAAUCAAGGCUAGCUUUGGUAUCGGCACUUCGCUGACAAAUGAUUUCAAGAAGGCCAGUGAUCCUACCAAGAAGAGCAAGCCUUUGAACAUUGUGAUCAAGAUGAGCGAGUGCAAUGGAAAGCGUGUCAUCAAGUUGAGUGACGACGUACUGAAAAAUAGUGCUGAUGCAGAGACUGUGAGAAAAUUCAAAGAGGAGCUAGGCAUUUAGAUAAUAUAAGAUACAUAUAUAAAAUAUUUGAUAAACAACAAUAUCCCACACAUACACACACACAAAGAGAGAGAGAGGUGUAUAUUAUUUCCUGCUAAUAGUAAAAUAGACUAAAGAAGAAGAAUAAAAAGACAGCGACACCAAUAAUAAUAAUAUAUGAUAUAUCUAUACAUAAAAGAGCCAAUAUUUCAAU